GUGACCAGUAGUACACAAUAAUCCAUCAGCUGUGGCGGCUGGCUAGGUUGCUGCGUUUUUAGCGAUGGCAGUUUAAUGAACGUGUUUUAUCGUGCAGCAGACCCCGAUACAACAUCAAUCGUGCUUUUGUUGUGUGAAAAGUGUAUGCCGACAUGGAUUACAAGAGCGUCGUCUACAACGCGGCCAGGGAUGGUAAUCUAAAUAGGCUAAAGAUAUACUUGCACUGCAAGAAGGGCAAGGACGAACUGUCGAUGCUAGUGGCGGCAAAAACAUCCGGGGCCACCCCGCUUGUCAUCGCCUGCAGGAACGGCCACUACGAUGUCGCGGAGUACCUCAUCGACCGCUGCCAGGCGGACAUCGAACAACCCGGAUCAGUGAUGUUUGACGGGGAGACGAUAGAGGGUGCGCCCCCGCUGUGGUGUGCGGCCGCGGCCGGCCACCUCGAGAUCGUCAAGCUGCUGAUCACGCACGGCGCCAAGGUGAACUCGACGACGCGCACCAACUCCACCCCACUGCGUGCCGCCUGCUUCGACGGCCACCUGGACAUCGUCAAGUAUCUGGUGGCGCACGGAGCCGACGUCGAGGUGGCCAACCGGCACGGCCACACGUGUCUCAUGAUCGCCUGCUACAAAGGUCACCUCAAAAUUGCCCGUUACUUACUCGGGUUGGGCGCCAGCGUCAACAGGAAGAGUGUCAAAGGCAACACAGCCCUCCACGACUGCGCCGAGUCCGGCAGUCUGGACAUACUCAAGCUGCUCAUCGAGCACGGCGCCAGGAUGGACGUCGAUUCCUAUGGAAUGACGCCACUGCUGGCGGCCGCCGUCACCGGCCACAACCACAUCGUAGAAUAUUUAAUUAAACUGCCGCAUCUCGUAUCGAGGUGGGACAGGAUCGACGCCUUAGAACUGUUGGGCGCCACCUGUGUAGAUAAGAAACGUGAUAUGAUCGGGGCGCUGGAACUGUGGCGGAGGGCGAUGCACGAACGGUAUUACGGCGACGGACGACCCAUAUACAAGAGGGUCACCCAAAAGGUGGCCGCCUACGAUUACACGGUCGAAAUUACCGAUCCGGAGGCGUUGGACGACCUGAUGGCGGACCCGGACGAGAUGAGGAUGCAGGCGUUGGUGAUGCGGGAGCGGAUCCUCGGACCUGCCCACCCCGACACCAGCUACUACAUUAGGUAUAGGGGCGCCGUGUACGCGGACGCCGGCAAAUUUAAUCGAUGCAUUGAAUUGUGGAACUACGCUUUGGACAUGCAACAGUCGAUGCUGGAACGUCUGAACCCGAUGACCCAGAGCAGUCUGUUCUCCUUCACGGAGCUGUUCUCGUUCAUGAUGGGCGAGGAGGGCAAACACACGACCAGGGGGAGACUGGUGCCUCCCGUGGACGUGCAGGAAAUACUCAGGGUCUUCAAGAAGGCGGUCCAAGAGGUGGAGUACGGCCACCAGAUGCUCGAGAAGAUCAACAGCAUCAACAGAGACAUGACCUAUUUAACGAGAGUGUUAGUGAUCACGUUACACUUAGCCUGCCUGCUGACCAGGCUGCUGGACCACCACACGAAAUCGGAGGACGUCACCAAGGAGAUCCACAAGGCCAUCUACCGGCUGGUGAAUUUAAAAAUCAAAGCCAGAUACGGAAGGACGGCCCUGCACUUGGCCUGUUGUCGAGACGUGGCGCUUCUGGGACGCUACCCCGCCUGUCAGUUCCCGUCGUCGCACCUGGCCGAAGUGCUGUUGAAAGUGGGCGCCGACCCGAACCAAAAGGACGAAGAGGGCAACACGCCCCUCCAUCUGGCCGCGAUGGCGAAGCCGUGUCCGGCCAGCGUCGCCCAAAUCCUGCUCGACAACGGCGCCCACAUAGACGCCGUCAACAACCAAGGCGACACCUUCUCCACGUUACUUAAGGAACAGCAAGUCCACGAACUUGUAAAUAUUGCCAAAUACACAAGACUGAGCUGCAUCUCCGCAAGAGUUAUCCAACAAUUUAAAAUACCCUACCGUGGUGUGGUGCCAGCAGCUUUGGAAUCCUUCAUUGCAAACCACUGAAUUUGUGAUUUAUUUUUAACGUAAACGUACACAUGUUUGUCGGAAACUACAAUAAUACUAUUUGCAACGUUUUACACACCCCUCAGACCUGCUCAGACGACGACGUUCCAAACCCAAACCCAAACCCAAACGAAAUCACACGCAUUAGAUAUUGAUUAGUGCUGUAGCGCGGGAAAUGUAACAAAAAUACAACCCUAAUAACUAACCAAACAACCAAAACGUUACUCUGCCACUUUUACGUUCUAAAAAAAGUCGGUUUCAGUUCAAAAUCAAUUUAUUUUCUUUUGUAUUUUUGAGCAUUUCAAACGAAUAAUAUGUGAUAAUAAUUUAAAUUAAAUCCGGGUAUUGGCAAAUAUUUUUACUUUGUCAUUAUCUAAAUAUACGUACAAAAAUCGGUGUUCUGUCCUUCCUUUGAAAUAGAUGAUAAAUAGAUAGAUAUAUAUAUGUAUGUAUAAACCUCAAGAUAUUUAUAUAUAUAUCGACCAAAUUUUACUUCACUUUAAACAAACAAUUUUGAUAAUAGAAGGCGACGCCAAAAUUAGUAAAUUAGUGUUGUUGAACAAAAAAAAAUUAAAUGUUUUUCGUUGAUCGGUUCAGUUUAAAUAAAAGGGAUUAAAUACCACGUGGUAUUAUUAUUGAAUCUACCGCGUGGUAAUUAAUGCGUUUAUUAAAUCAUUACUCGUUUAGGCACAAAAUAAAUAGUUUAAAUUGUAGCUAGGUAAAUGUUUGUAUGUUUAUAAUAUCAAAAAUAUUGUUUGUUCUAAUUGAGUCUCUCUUUCUCUGUAAACAAUUUUGCUUAGAACAAAUGAUGUGUUUGUUUUUAGUAUUUUAAAUUGAUAAAGUGUGAUUUAUGAGUGCUAUUUACAACUAUAUAGGCUAUAUGAAUUUUGUUAUAUAUUAUUAAAUAAAAAAUUGUAAAGAAUUUA